AGGGACUUUGAAUUCCUGUAUUUUGGACUAACCUUAAUACAAUGAGGUACUUAAGAAUAGGUGUAAUCAUGAUUUGAUGAAAGUGGGCAUAUUCUGUUAUUGGCAGAUCAUGAGAGAUUAAAAAAGUUCCUCCUUCCAGAUUAUUCCCGACAUUCGAAUUUACUUAGUUUUUCUUGAGUAAAAUACCAUUAUAGAAGAUAGAUAAUUGAGCAUGAUUGAAUUCAAGAAGAAUACAACAAUGAUGUGUUGGAAUUUAAACAUAAUAUAUUGAGAAUAGAUGAGAAGCAAGGUUUGUUCAUUCAUCGGGAUGAUUUUUGGAUUAAAUUAAGAGAGGAUAUGAAACAGAAAUUAUUUUAGCAAAUUCCUGAUUAGUAAGACAACGACACAUCAAUUGAUCAGCGGAAAUAAACAUAAUAAUGUCUACAGAAUCAUAUUCAAAACGAGGCAACACAAAU